GUCCUAAAUUUAUCCCUCCUUCGGUACUUCACUCCCACUACCAGCCAUACUCGCCCACAUCAUCUCCAAUGGCUUCUCUUCUAAACAGUGUCUCCUCACUCGCACUCUCAAACCGAAAGCUCCAUCUCUUUUCUCCUUCUACCAUUUCUCUCCCCAGGCGGAGGCUCGUCAUUAGAGCAGCAGAAACCGACGCCAACGAAGGAGUUAAAGCUUCAGCUCCGGAUAAGGCGCCUGCUCGCGAGGGCUCGAACUUCAAUCAGCUCCUCGGCAUAAAAGGAGCGGCGCAAGAAUCGGAUAAAUGGAAGAUACGCCUUCAGCUUACAAAGCCUGUAACUUGGCCUCCUUUGGUUUGGGGAGUGGUUUGUGGAGCUGCUGCAUCUGGAAACUUUCACUGGAAUGUUGAAGAUGUAGCUAAAUCGAUAGUUUGCAUGAUGAUGUCUGGCCCAUUUCUUACUGGCUACACACAGACUCUCAAUGAUUGGUAUGACCGGGAGAUUGAUGCAAUCAAUGAACCGUAUCGUCCAAUUCCUUCAGGAGCAAUAAGUGAGAGUGAGGUCAUAACCCAAAUUUGGGUGCUGCUUUUAGGAGGCCUUGGGUUGGGAGCUUUAUUAGAUGUGUGGGCAGGACACAAGUUUCCUAUAAUUUUUUACCUUGCUCUGGGUGGAUCGUUGCUGUCAUACAUAUAUUCUGCUCCACCUUUAAAGCUCAAGCAGAAUGGAUGGAUUGGAAAUUUCGCUCUUGGGGCAAGCUACAUCGGUUUGCCUUGGUGGGCUGGACAAGCUUUAUUUGGGACUCUUACUCCUGACAUAGUUGUCUUGACACUCUUGUACAGCAUAGCUGGGCUCGGGAUUGCCAUUGUAAAUGACUUCAAAAGUAUCGAAGGAGAUAGGGCACUGGGGCUGCAGUCACUUCCAGUUGCUUUUGGAAUGGAAACUGCCAAAUGGAUUUGCGUCGGGGCAAUUGACAUAACUCAGAUAUCUAUCGCUGGUUACCUGCUAGGCGCUGGUAAGCCAUUAUAUGCGUUAGCUCUGCUGGCAUUAAUAAUACCACAAGUGGUUUUUCAGUUUCAGUACUUUUUGAAGGACCCAGUUAAGUACGAUGUCAAAUAUCAGGCAAGCGCACAGCCCUUUCUUGUGUUGGGUCUUUUGGUAACAGCUUUGGCAACCAGUCACUGACCGGAUGACGUGCAAGUGAGAGCUCACUGUCAUUUCCUCGAACCAUCGACUGUUGCUCUGCUGAUUUGCUUUGAGGGUUGGCAGGCUGGAGUGGUGUCAUGGCAUCAGCAAGACUUCAGACCACUGCGCCGGAGAAAUGCUAGAGUGGUAGUAAAAUGUGACAGAGGAAAGAGUUCUUUUUUCCUUCGGCAAUCUAAGACUGCUGCUAAUGUGGUGUAAAUCUGCAUAUCGUUUGGCUCUGAAUAAUUAGCCUCUGUUACAUCACCAGGUUUUUAAGCAUUAUGCAUUUGCA